AUGGGCCUUCUUGAUCCCUCGACAACUGAUGGCCGUGUUGUUUUCUUCUUGCCAUGGCUUGGCGGUGUCGUUGCUGGCACAACAGAUGAGCCCUGCGAGGUCACCGAAUCACCCAAGCCAACCGAGAAAGAAGUUAAUUUCAUACUUUCCGAGAUCAAACACUACUUAUCACCUGACAUAAAGGUUCGCCGUGGCGACGUUCUCUCCGUUUGGUCCGGUAUCCGACCCCUUGUCUCCGAUCCUAAUUCUAAGGAUACUCAGUCGAUAGCACGGAAUCACAUUAUCCACGUAGGUAGUAACAACCUGGUCACUAUCGCUGGAGGCAAGUGGACUACCUACCGUUCAAUGGCUGAGGAAACUGUGGACAAGUGUGUGGAGGUGAAUUUUGCUGUUGAAUUUGGCUUGCACGAGGCUGUGCGCAUUGCCGAGUCUGCCAAGCUGACCGGUCUCAACUAUCCCCUCGUUGGCAAGCGGUUACAUCCCGACUAUCCCGUCUUGGAAGAGGAGGUUUCUUUUGCCUGCCGGGAGUACGCUCGUCAUGCGGUCGACUUCAUUGCCCGUCGUUCUCGUCUCUCCUUCCUCAAUGUUCGUGUAGCCGAUGAAGUGCUGCCCAAGGUUAUCGACCUCAUGGGCAAGGAGCUCCACUGGUGUCCCAUGCGUAGGGCUAAGGAACUCGAGGAGGCCAAGAACUUCCUUGAAACCGAAAUGGGAUUGAGCAUGAAGGGCUAUGAGAACAUUCCUAUUAACUUCUCUGAACAGGAGACCGAAGAAUACCUUAAACAGUUUAACAGCAUUGAUUCUGGCCGCAAGGGUUUCAUCACUCUGAACGACCUUCGCAGCUUCUUUAACGAGCAAGGCGAAAACCUGUCGGAUGACACACUGCACAAGAUUCUAGCUGACAUUGACCUCAACAGAAAUGGAACGAUUGAUGAAAACGAAUUCCUUCAGGUAAUAUACUGUUCUGUCCGUACGAUACAUUCGUGUUCUUAA